AUGAAGGCUUCCAUCGUCCUCCUUGCUGCCGCCGGCCUCGCCGCCGCCCAAAACAUCCCCACCUGCGUUACCACAUGCUUGGCCCAGUCCUUGAGCGGCACCGACUGCCAGGGUAUCGAUAUCACAUGUAUCUGCAAGAACAUCAACACCAUCAUGGCCAAUGGAGCCGACUGCUUCGCCAAGAACUGUAGCGCCGACGAGCUCAAGUCUGCCCAGUCACUUCUCACCACCCUCUGCCCCAACGCUUCCGUCUCCGGCAGCAUCUCUGCCUCCGGCUCUUCCUCCGGCUCUGCUUCUGCCUCUGCUUCUGGCACCACCACCGGCUCCGCCUCCGGGUCAACUGGCUCCUCAUCUGGAUCCUCGACCCCGACCGGCUCUGCUGCCUCUGCUACCGGAACCGCUUCCACCUCGUCCGGCGAGGCGAGCUCCACGACUGGUUCUUCCGCUUCCAGGUCUGCCAGUUCGGCUUCCAGCUCGGCUGCCAGCGCCUCCGCCUCCGCGACUGGCACUGGCGAUGCCGGCCGACCUGUCGUCGGAGCCGGUCUCGCCAUGUUCGCUGCCUUCCUUGCUCUGUAA